UCUCUCUCAGCUGGUUGCGACUUCACGCUACCCAACCAUGAGCCACACGGUGGGGUCUCCAUGGCAACAACAGCUCCCCUCUCUGCUUUCUCCCUCCCCGAUGGCAUCGGCCCACCAGCUGUCACAUGUCGAGCGUCCAGUUGCCAGCAGCAUAGCUCAUCUGGAGCUGAGUGUGCAGGAGAGAGAGAGAAACAGAAGUGAGGAAGAGGAUGAGAUGCAGGAGCUGACCUUCGCUCCAGUACACGCCCCUGUCAUCACCCUCGGAACACACGCUGCUGGCUCCUCCAGAUCAACCUCCCGGAGAUCUUUGGCACAGCUCUUCUCCUCUGGUUUUCCUCAGAUCCUGGACAUUCAGAACCAGGUGGCCGAGGUUCUGGAUCCUUCUGAGCCUGUGAACUUUAACCCCCAGAGAGAAGAAGCAGAUCCUCUGCAGGCCAACUCUCUCAUUAUUCAGUUCUUGGCUUUUACCAGGGUCCCUCAAGCUGGUGUGAAUUCAGACUGGCCCAGCACUGUCCAUUUCACCUUCCAGCUUUACAGCUUCCCCCCUGUCACCACAGAGCGUCUGAAGCUGCUUGACCUGGAAAGGAACAGCAAGCUGAAAUCCAACUCUGAUUACCCCUGUGUCCUCUCUGUUAUCAACAAGGAUGGCACACUUAGCUCUGGUUGUCCUGGUCUGCAGUUGCAGUACCGAGUUGACCCGCAGUUCCUCAAGCCAGGGGAACGGGGCUGGUUCCUGCGAUACCUGGCGCUUCACUCCCUGCAGAUUGAUGUCUGGGACAGUGAAUCCUUAAUGCUGAUUGGCUCAGCUGCUGUGGAGCUGAAGCAUAUGCUGCGUCAAGGCCGUGCAGCCGUCCAGGUGAACCAUGAGCUGGAAGUGAUCACUACUGAGUACCUGCAGGAUGCCAACUUUGCCAGCAGGCAUGACAGCAAGCACAGCAGCACUCCAGCCAUCAGUGUCUACACUACCGUAAAAGGAAUUCUGCAUCUGCGGCUUGGCAACGUUGGUUGCAGUGUGACAAAUUCCCAGAGUCUUUUGGCUCUUCCUCCAUCGCUCUCCCAUGUGGUCCAGCCCUGUGAUGCCCCUCAGGGUUUUACGGGAGGAGGUGUCCCUGCUUUAACGGUCCUCCAGCUUAACGCAAGCAAUGCCAGACGAGCCCGCCGAUUGCCAGAAAUUGACAGCGAGCUGGCCAGACUGCUUCAAAGCACCAUGAGGGAAGUAGGCGGAGCCGCACGGCAUCAGCAGGCUGAAGCGAAAGAAGUGCACCAGAGAAAGAUUGACAGAAUGGCAGCUGUCCGUCAACACGAGGAGCAGAAGGCCACGCCCCCUUUUCAGGACAGCUCAAACAUCACGAGGCAUCGGGCAGAGCGUGUGCAGCAUUCCCGUGACCUGCGUGUGAUUGAGGCCUAUCGUGAGCGCUGUAAAGCACAGGAGAUCACCAACAUGCUCUCUCAGGUCAUCACUACCAAACACACUCUCUACGCCACACUCGGAACGGCAGAGUUCUUUGAAUUCGUGCUCAAUAAUCCAUUCAAUGUUCCUCAGACUGUCACCAUUGAAUGUGAUGACCCAGAGCUCAGUGUAAUCGUGAAAAGUGAGGAGUGGAGAUAUUUCAAGGAGUUGACGAAGACUCUGACUCCUCUAGAGGAGGAGAUGUUUCACCUAAAGGAGAGCACAUGGACUCCACAGGUUUACCUGCGGCCCAAAGAAAGUAUCCAUGUUCCGUUCAAGUACCAGACCUUCAUCUGUGGUCACGCCUUCCCUAUUCAGGAUACAAAAAGCUUAAAGAUUUCAAGAAGUCCACAGAUGGCUCAGAAACAUCUGUCCAAUACAAUUCAUGCCAAAUCCAUCAAGGUGCUGUUCCGUGGGGAAAACAGAAAGCCUCUGGUGAUCUGCCAGGUAGAUGUUGAACCGACACCACAUGUGGUGGACCAGACCUUCCGUUUCUACCAGCCUGAACUCACUUUCCUAAAGAAGGCCAUUCGCUUGCCUGCAGCCUGGGACGACACAGCAGAUGGUUCUGCCACCCUCCAUGUGCGCUGCAGUGACCCCAAUGUCAUCUGCCACACCACCAACCUGUCUCCAGGAGAACCACAGGAUGUUUACCUGAAAGUACCUGGUAGCCCAAGUCCACAGAUUAGGAAAUUCUUCAUUACCAUUUUCACUGACCCUUGGCUGGCCUCCCCUGCGCAGAUCUGGCAGGUAUACGUGCAUUACCAGCAAAGGAUGGACCUGAGCUGUGUGUGUGGCACUCUGAGCUGGCAUUCGCUGGUUCUGCACGGCACACAAGCCAUUCGCAGGGUCAAGUGCUACACGUCGCAUCCCCUCGAGCUGCAGGUGGAUCCAGGUGAAAUUUUUGCUCUUCCUGCUCAGGGAGUUCAAGAUGUCUGCGUGGGCCUGAGGGCUCUGCGCCCUGGAAGCCGUUUCUUUUACCUCAAUGUAGUCGAUGUGGACACUCGGCAGCUAGUUGCCUCUUGGCUGCUGUGCAUCACAUGCCGACAGCCUGUAAUCUCCAAGGCAUUUGAAAUCAGCGUUCCUGUAGAUGGAGGGAAGGGCAGCAAUAAGAAAAUCAGUUUCACAAACCCCUACUCUUCCUCCAGAGUAUUCAAUCUGCGAACAGAUCGCCCAGACCUGCUUCAGUUUAAAGAGGAGCAAUUUCAGGCGCAGAGCCAAAAGAAUCGAUACGGCCGUGCUUUUGAGGAGAUUAUGAACUAA